GUGAAUUAAUGGCUAUCAUACUAACACUUUAUGCUGAAUAAGAUAAACUAUAAUAUGAAGUCACCUCUCGUAGUACUUUGAUCUGUUUGAUUUCUGGAGGGUUUACACUCGUCAAUCAAUUAAGAUAAUAAUCCAAUUAAGCUGCAGGUAAAAUUGAUAUUUAGGUUAUGAAAUUAGGCGAUGGUAACGGUGAGCGAGUAAAUCAUUCAUUCGUUUGGAAUCCGGGAAGUAUAGGUGCAGUUUACUUCUUAAAAUAGUUUUCAAGAUGGGACUAGAUGAACGAUUUCAACUUAUGGCCACAUUGAAUAUUUUAUUCCUUGUAGCUUUGACAGCUGCUACAGGUCAGACUCAAAAUUGUGAUGUUGAUGAGAGACAGCCAACGGUAUGGUUGGGUGAUGAAGAUGAUGCAAACUUCUGUGAUGCCAGUGCCGAGCAUUGUGACCACUUCGGUCUUGAUUUUGUUUGUGAGGAUCCGAGUGGAGGAUCACUUAGACCUUGUAUCGUUGGGACCAAAGUGAAGUGUGCAUCACCACCUGCUGUGCCCCUGACUGAUCCCACUCCUGCCACCACUAUUAGAGUUCUUGUAUACAACGUCUUUGAGCUACGUUAUCUCUAUUGGCAAAGUGGCCAACGAGAAAGAACAUGCCGUAUUCCACAUAAGUUUUUCAGUAUGCAUCCAGAUAUUGAUGUCAUCGUUUUCAACGAAGUCUUCAUGGGAGGUUGCUUUGCCCCCUUCAACGAUACCAUUGAAACAAGUACCCUUACCAUGCGUGACAUCAUGGACCAAUAUGGGUUUAUCUAUUACACAGAUACCGUUGGCAUUGGUGAACCCUUCCCUAAAGUUGAGAAUGGUGGAGCGUUCGUUGCUUCUAGGUGGCCCAUUGUCAAGACUGAUUCCCGGGUUUUCGACGUAUCCGAACCAUAUUCGUGGAUGGCUAAAGGAGUUGUGUACACCAUGAUCAAUAAAACUGUUGCUGGACAGAGUGUUAUGUACCAUAUCUUUGGGACUCAUAUGCAAGCUUUCCGAACCCCGAAUGCAGACGAUGUUCGUGUUGCUCAAGCUACAAUCAUCCAUGAAUUCAUGCUGGAGCAAGGCAUCGGUGAUGAUGAACCCGUUAUUUAUGGAGGUGACCUGAAUGCCAGACUGAACACAACCAAUGGUGAUGACGUCGUUGACGCUCUUGACGCCACACUUCCCACAAUCAUCGGUGAACUCAAUGUCACAUACGAUCACGAGAACAAUGAUGUUUUUGACGAAAAUAACGAUACGAACUGGUGGUUGGACUAUGUCUUGUAUAGUCGAUCCCACAUUCAACCUGAAGCUGCUACAAUACAGGUCGUUAGGCCUCGAAUGUCUACUCCUUUAGAGAUUUGCUCGACGGCAAUAUCCCCGAUUCCAAGCUACCCUAAUUCUCAAUUUUGCAUUGAACGAAAGAAUAUUACAGACCUAUCUGAUCACUAUGCUGUAUUGGGUACUUUUCAUUAUAACAUGGAAUCCCCUCCAUCAACUGCUACGGAAUAUCCGCAUACGACUGAUUCGAGUGUUGUUUGUUGCAUUCCUAACAUCUUGGUAGUACUUGCCAUUGUGAUGGGACUUGUUUUGAAAUAGUUAUUCAAUUGAAUCUUUAUUAAAUAUGUUCAGAAUUUACAUCGUAAUUAUACUAAUUUUGUUCAACUAUUCAAGAUGGUUUGAUUAUUCGACGAAUCAAAUCAAGGUAUUGAUGUUCAGACUUCUUAAAGUAUAAAAGUUUCCAAUCAAUCAUGUAGACCUUAUCUGAGUAUUGCUUGCUUAUUUUAUUUAGAUACUUUGCUCCCAUCCCAAUAAUGAUCAAUUCUCCAUCUUUCUCAGUUUCGCGUUGUUCUGUGACCAUCGGAGGAUGCCAUUGAGGGUGGCAUACGACUAUCGUACGAUUUUCUUAUGGAUUUACGAUCACCGUACGAUUUUCUAUUUUUCUUAGCGUGGAGAUAUACUUAUUUUUUCAAAGAGCAUAAUACGAUCAGCGCAUUGUACAAUAAAUGUACAGUCAUUGUAUAAGUGUAAUACGGUUUGAUCACUGCGGCCAUGGGCAUUUUACGAUAUCUGUACGAGUUACGUAUGGCGUCUAUGUUACUAUGUCUUAGCCUUCUACGAUGUCUAAUGACUGUGCAAAAAUCGUAGAAUAAUUCGUAGCAUAACAAAUUAGGCACUAUGCUGUUUAAAAGGACAAAAUACUUGUGUGAAUUUGAAAUACAGCAUUAAGGAAACAUA